UCGAAGGUUUCACAGCUCUAUGGUCGGAAUUGUUAUUGUUUUCUCCGCUUUUAACCUUAACGUGUUUUGAGUUAAUUUCCUCCGAUUUCGAGCCGCGUGCCAGUUUCACCUUUCCAUGUUUUGAUUCCGUUUAAAUUCUCAAUAGCCAGUUCUCUGACAAGUUUUUCCGCCGCCAAUCGGGAAAAUGCUGAAGCCGCUCUACUAUUUGUUUUGGUUUUCCCUUCCGUCUUUGGCGCUCCCCGGGCUCUUCUUCUUUCUGCUCGCUGGAGGGGCUGCCGGUGGUGAUGUGGGCGUGGCAGCGGGCCAGGAGGCGGUAGAAUGUAGUCGUUUGGAGCGAGCCGAUAUCGAGGGAAGACUCUCUACGAAGACACCGUACCGAGCGAUCGCCAAUUUCAAUGAAACUUCGCCACAAUAUGCCGGAUGCCGUCCAACGCGAAUCUGGUCGAUCAUCCGCCACGGCACCCGCAAUCCCAGCGAGAAGGUAAUCCUCCUGGCCCAGAGCCGCCUCGCCGAGAUCAAGGAGGACAUCCUGAACCAAUCUAAUCCGAAUCUCUGUGCCGGGGAACUGAAGAAACUGCGCAAGUGGAGCUGGAAUUUCCUGAACGCCGCCGAGGACGAGAAGUUGCUGGUGGCCGAGGGCGAGGACGAGCUGACCGAACUGGCGGAGCGCAUGCAGAACCGUUUCCCAUCCCUCUUGCCGGACAUCUACGACCCUGGCUGGUACUUCUUCAAGUAUACGGCCACCCAGAGGACCCUGAAGAGCGCCCACAGCUUCGCCACAGGGCUUUUUGGACGCCAUCGGAUCCAUGCUGUGCGGUAUCCUCCUCCCAUGCAUCAGGAUCCCAUUCUAAGGUUCUAUAAGCGCUGCGGAAGAUGGAAAACUGACGUCGAUAAGAAUCCCGAUACCUUGGUCAACGCACGCAGGUUCCUCGCGGAACCGCAGAUGCAGUCAGCAGUGGAGCAUGUGCGGAGCAGCACCCGGCUACCGGAACUCCGGCCGGAGGAUGUCCAGCUCAUGUAUACGGUGUGCGCCUUCGAGACGGCAUGGCGCCGGCCGCGCCACGGUGAUCGAUGGCCCACCCACUCGGUGUGGUGCAACUUCUUUGAUGUGCCCGCCCUGAAUGCCAUGGAGUUCUUCGAGGACCUGGAGUACUAUUGGAACGAUGGAUACGGCUAUGAACUAACCCAUCGCAUUGCCUGUCCGGCAAUAGCGGAUAUGUUUGCAGCCAUAAGUUCCUCGGAUGAUACUGAGGAGCAAGGACCGCUCCGGUCCAAUGCCACAUUCUACUUCACGCACUCGGGAACGCUGCUGAAGCUGCUGGCCCACCUCGGACUGGCCCGGGAUGAGGAGCCGCUGACGCACAGGCAUUUUGCCAGCGAGAGGCUCUGGCGCACCAGCCAGAUAGACGCCUUCGCGACCAAUCUGGCCUUCCUGCGCUACGAUUGCGAUGAGGAUGAGCCGCAUGUCCUGGUAUUGCACCAGGAGAGAGUGGUACGCCUGCCCGGCUGUCCACUGGACAAGGACCUCUGUCCGCUGGCCACGCUGCGUCGCAUCUACGCCGACAGCGUGGAGCGCUGCGACUUCGAGGAGCUGUGCCAGCUAAAGGACUAAGCUCCAGGACCCAAGCCGUCUGCUCUGCUGUGCUCCCCUGCCGCUGCAAGACCGACCUCGAGAAAUGGGAUUCGUCGGAAUGAUGUUAUUGGAUACUGAACUGAACUGAACUGAUAUGGAGCUGAUACGGAGAUGUACGGAUGCUAUAAGUGGGGCCUAUUGGGACGAUCUAGCCUAGGGUUAGUUAAGUAAGCAAGUGACCAGGACAGGACAGGACAGAACAGAGCGGGAGGGCCGAAUGGGCCGAGUCUGUCCAAGUCUGUGUGUUUUGUAUGCCUUAUUAAUCAAUGUGGACCAUCCAAUCCGAGGGCCAGGGGGCAGGUCGCGAAGUCGUUAUGAGACGAAUAAAGAGAGUCGAUGUGGAGAGAUGGAGGAGGAAGUGGUAGCCCGUGUCAUGCUUUAUUACUAUACCUUACGUUAUAUAUUUUAACUCCCAAAUACCUCGUCCUUUUUUACGUUUUUCUUUUUAUUUUGCUGUUGUACUGCACCCUGAUCCCUGAUAGAGAUCCAAGUCCCAACAUAGUGUACAUAUAUAAAUAACGAUUUCUAAGAUUACCUAUAGAACCUAUAUACACUUACACGAUUAUAAAGAUAUAUAUAUCUCUAUAUAUGCAUAUACGCCUCUACUCAGACCUCCACUCCUUCCCCGCACCAGUAACUGAACCAGCAGAUGCCACAAACCACAAACCAGAGGAUAAGAAGGGAACGUUCGUUGUGCUAACUUGUGUUAUAUACCUAUAGACCGAUUACCAACUACACUAUAUAUAUAUAUAGCCUACACGCUUAAGAGGAGGCGCGGAAGUGGACAAAUGUUGGGUGUUCCUACUGAAACAGAGCUCUCAAGAUCUAUAAAUUUAAAAAAAAAAUUAGAAAAAAAAACACAUACAGAACCCGAGAAAGAGACGGACGUGUCUUGGGUGACAGAGAAGGCUAGAGUCGGCUAGAGAGUGAGACAGUAUGAGAGAUAGAAGGAGAAACCCAUACACUUUGUACAUAAUAUCUUAAAAAUGUAAUCACUUUUUUCUUAUCUUAUAUAUAUAUAUUUUUUUUUAUAUGUUUGUCCCAACAAUUUAAGAAGAACAACAACAACAACAGCAGUAACCGUAACAACAAAUACAAUUAACGAAAUUCUAGUUUAAAGCUUAAUGCGCUUGAACUUUUCAUUUUGUUUAAGCUAAAAAUAAAAUAUGAAAAAUCGAA